AUGCCGGCAUUAUCUCGCGUCUUCAACAUCCCCACAUCCUCGAACGAAGAAAUCACUCUGACUCUGCAUGAGCCGUCUCUUACCUCCGAUAACUUGGGUUUGAAGACAUGGGUUUCAUCGUAUCUCUUAUCCCAACGGCUGCAUAACAUCCUCGAGUCCGUUCCGGAACUUGUCCCAUCGGGGUCUACCUUACAGCGAGAAAACAAGACGGUCAGAGCCUUGGAACUAGGUGCGGGGACCGGGCUGGUCGGGCUGUCUUUUGCUGUUCUUCGUGGCGCUUCCGCUACCGUUCAUCUGACAGAUCUGCCCUCUAUCGUUCCUAACCUCGCCCAUAAUGUCAGCCUGAACUCCGAACUGCUAAGCAAGGCAAAUACAACUGUCACAACCGGCGUUCUCGACUGGUCCAUAACUCCAGAUCGACUUCCCACGAAAGAUGAGCGUUAUGAUAUCAUCCUGGCUGCGGAUCCAGUGUAUUCCCCAGAACAUCCCCGAUGGCUCGUCCAGACGAUCGAGCGCUGGCUCAGCCGAGGUUUGGGCGCGCGAGUGGUGAUGGAAAUGCCAUUGAGGGACGCCUACCUACCGCAGGUACAGGAAUUCCGACGUCGGAUGGAGGAAAUUGGCCUGGCUAUAGUCGACCAGGGAGAAGAAGUCGGAUACGACGAUUGGGAAGACAAGUCCACCCUGGACAGAUUAAUACUUACCGGGAGCUCCAUGGCUUCAUCAGAAAAUAUCACACCCCAAAAAGGUUGGACAACAGACCCCGACGAGCUCGACUUUGACUUCUACUGGGCCGACGACAAGGGCAUUGGCUCGCAAAUGGCCAGAGAACGUGGCCUGGAGUCACCCAAACCGAUCAUGUGCAGCGCUCCGGAGACUGGCGAGGGGCUGUAUAUGUUCCAGUCCGGCAGCAAUUUCUACAUCUGGGAUCAGAUGGGUGACGAUGUUGAGGAGAUUACGAGGUCUCAGGACUUGAAUGAAAUUCUGGAGAUUAUGCACAAGAAGGGCUUUAAGGAGUUUGGUUUGAGAGAAGUUAGUGGCUGGGCGAAAUAG